AUGGAGGCACCUGGAUCCGACGACUUGCCCGGGGAUCCCGUAGAUAGGGUCGUGACUCCUGUACAACAGUCCAUUGGCUCCUCCUCUGUAUAUCACCAGCAAGGAGACAACGAUGUAAAGGAAGCUCAACAAAGAGCCCUGGAAGCUGUCGAAGCGUACCAUAACCAGAUAGCCACGAAGCUCGUAGGGCAGGCCCUUGAGGAUUCGGCAGUUCAGGUCUGCAAGGCCGUGCAAGAGCUCAUCGAAGCCCACAGCCGCGACAUGGACUACGCCUCCGAGAGAAAUAUGGAGCUACAUCGUCAAUUGGAACAAAGCAUAGGAGCUGUGGAGGAGCUCACGCGGCAGCUCAACGAGAUGAAGCGAAAUCCUUUCCCUUUUCACACGAUCGUGGAAGCCUGCGGUGGGAUCGAAAAAGCCUCCCAGCUCGCUGUAAGAACCGCUUUAGAGCAGCCCUGCCCAUCCGGUGGCGCGGAUGACGCACCUUCGCAAGAGGACCGCGCGCAGCCGAGCGGAGACCUUAUCGAAGCCAAAGAUAUGGCCCCGAUAGCGGCAGGAAUCGGACACCAAACUGUCAGUGAUGCCGAUAUCACGGCGGUGCUCGCACCCCAAACGACGCCAGAAGCAUUCCAUAGAGAAAAUUUAGAAGGGGGUGCGAAGGAUGAUGACAUGCAGCUGUCAGGAAAUGAACAAUUCAUGGUCAGUCUCCUGGCGAGCCACGCCAAGGCUCAAGCCGUAGUUCAGAUCCUCCGAGAUGACCGUGAGCACUGGAAAAAGAGUAUGGCGGAGCUCGAAAACGCGCUCCAAGGCGCCCUGGACGAAAACACUCAGUGCCGCGAGGAAUUGGACAUGUUGAAGCUGUCGGCGGUAUCACUAGAAGAAUACAAGAGCGCGGUUGAGGCGCGCGAUGCGGCCACGUAUGAGCUCGAGGUAAUGAAGCUCAAGGUUGCGGAACUGGAGGAGGAUCUUGAAAGGCUGCGUAGUCCGGAGGCGGCUGAGGAGGCGGCAUCUCGGGACGCCAACGCGGUUUCCUCUCAAGAGCUGCGAGACGUUCUAGCACGCCUCAUCGAAGAUGACCACGUUGUGGAUGAGAACAAGGAGCAAGGGUUGGAUGCGCCGCAUGAGGGGAUGUGGAAUCGCGCGCUGCGGGACCUAGAUGAACAAGCAAACUCUGCUGCCGAACACCGCGCCAUUCAGGAUCGUCGUGAAGAAGCCGAGCGCCGCCUCGAGCAGAUCACCGCAGAGAAUCGUAGGCUGGAGUCUACCGUUGAGGACCUUCAAAAAGUGAACGAGGCGCUGCGUCUCGAUGCACAGGCCUUGGUGUAUCGCAAUAGUGUGCUUUCCCAACAGGUUGCCUCACUUCUCGUCAAGGUCGAACAUUUGCGCAGAGAAUUGAAGCGCAGUGGAAAGGGGUUGAAACGAAGUGGUGAGGAUGGUGUCUUGUAUGCGAUGCCCAGUCAAGGGGGGAAUGUACGGCAGAAGAAUGCCGCCAAAUCCGCUGCGAUCGCCAGCGAGGUCCUCCAGCAACGCCUUAUGAUGGAGCGUUCAAGCUCCUUUACGGCGCUUCCCGGUUCUUAUUCGCAAUCCUCAGGCAGUUCGAUGGAAACUCCAACGUCCUCUUUCUCCUUUCGUCCAGAGAAAAUCAACGACCCUAACAGCCUGCUCCCCUCGUUCGCCUCUCAGAGCCCGUCCUCCUGCUUACCAGGAACGACGCGGAGCCGGGGGAUACCCAUGAGUAUCGACUAUGCCUCCUCUACAGAAGAGACGCCCGCCGCAGCCACGUCGUCAUUCUUGUUGGCAUCAUUGGACGUCCCGUUUCUGCCGUUUGCUGAAGGAUAUGAAGAAAGGGAGUCGAGGUUGCCGUUUGAUAAGCUUAGAGUGGAGCGGGGUUUACGGCGCACGCUUAACACCUUUUCGUCUCCCCCACCAAACUCAACUGGCAUGCCAAAGCAGCGCGUAACGCUACGGAACUUUGGAGGGGAAACAACCUUCUGGGGGAAGCCCCGUGCAGUGAGGCUUCCAGCGUGUGAUCAACUGAGUGGCGUGGCCUAUGGGCGACCUUCAAGCCACCUGCUCCUGGACCCACAUGAGGGCUCCUUUUCCCGGCAGGGUUCCAACGCCGAGCUCGCAUCCGUGCUACCACCAGGCCAACCCCUGAAGCUACCUGUGAACGAAGAAACCGAACAGAUGGAUCCAGCCUUUUCCGCGAUAGUCGUGUCGCCGAAGCGCACAAGUGCUGCUCGUGAACAUGGUGAUCUUAUCUCCACCCUAGCGCUGCUUGAUGCGGAUGAAGAGUUAGAUCGGUACUCCGUGAACACCGUCUCGGAGCUUGUGGUUCGCAAUCAGGAACUGCUAAAGGAGCUCUACAUCGCCACGCAGCGCGCCGAUGCGUUGGAGGCUCAACUGGGCCGCCUUCCAGCCCGCGCGGAGCCCCACCCUGUGGGGUCGAAGGCGGCGGCGACCGCUGACGAAGCACCCCAAUCCAUUGUGCAAAAGCCCGGCGAAUACGUUAGCAACCUCGCUUACAAGCGCGUUCGAUACGACGAGAACGCCGCGUUCCCUCACACGCGAAGUUCCCUUACCAGCCCUGGUGGUGAGGACCCCACGGUGACCCGCUAUGCGAUCUCCUCCUCACCGAGUGAGGCUAUCAGUGGGGAGGAAGUGGUGGAGGAGGAGACCCUCCGCACGACCCCGUCGGCGACUCCGGAUGAGGGCGGCAAAUCCCAUGAAAGUGCGAAUUCAUCCGACCCCGACUCCACGGACGCCCAUGCCCUAUCCGUGGGCAUUCAAAAUGCCGUUAUGAAGUUGAUCGAAACCGAACUGCACCACUACGACGCGCGCACGGCACGCCUGGAUGGGGGGCUCGCCGCGUCGUUGCUGCGGGUUCUCCACGCGAAGGACGCCACGGAGGCCGACCUCGACGCGCUCGAGGGCACCAAAGAAGACGAGAACGGUGGCCUCGCCGAGCAGGCGGUUUUUCAGCCACUGGUGGAGGUCUGCGCCUCACAAGCGGGGAUGAUUGCGCGGCAGGCUGUCGAGCUGGUGAGAGCGCGUCAGGAAGCCGAGGCGACCCUCCAGGGGGGUCUCUGGAGGACCUCCCAGCAGAUCCUGCAGCAGGCGGUGCAAGAACUGCGAGAGCUGCUUGGUGAGAUCGUGAAGAGUCGACCGAAGCCGCGUGAGGUGAGCCCGGCGCUGAGUGCUUCCGACCGCCGAAAGCGCCCCCGUGGGGCUGAUAUUGGUGAAGCUACGACCUCCUCCACGGGGUUGCCCCUGCUCACGAGUUUCGAUGAGGUUGCGCUAUUGGAACGCGUCGAGCAGCUGCUUCAGAUUGCGCUCGACAAGGAGGAUACGACUCUGCGGGCUUAUCAGGCCGCUCAGCGCCGCCAACGGCAUUUUAUCGCGAGCAAGGAGAAAAAGUUGCGGCAAUUAGCCGCGAAGGUCCAAAAUGCGUUACGUCAGCAGCAACUAAACGCCUCGGUAGGGGCGACGGGUGCUUCUUUGGUGCUUUCUCCUAACGGGCCGGCAAUCAGCUCCGCCAUUCCGCUCCCUAAAACUCUAACGGCCGGCGCUGGGGCUGCCAGUAGUAGAUCCCCCGUCGUGGCCCCCAGCUUGCCCUCCGCCAAGCUCGCCCCGGUGGAAGGACUCCCUGCGUCGACCGCGAUUGGCAGCGAAUCCUGCUAUGAUUUAGAAAUCCUCGAGCGGCAAGUUCGGGAUGCCCUCGCAGGAAGGAAGGAAGAGGGACCCCAUGGGUCACCACACGUCGUCGACGGGGUCGAAGAUGGCGUCGAGGACAUCUAUUUCGAUCAGGAUUCGGAUAUUGACGACACCACAUGCGGCUACCUACGGGAACAAUUGGCUAAAGCGCAGACCAAGCUCGUACGGCUCACCGAAGAGCUCAACAAGGAGAGGGAUGGGCACGUGGAAUUGAGCGCGCGCAUGUGGCAGUUGGAAGUCGAGCGUGAGGAUGCCCUGGCCGCUCGUAAAAGUCUAGAGGCUCGCAUCGAAUCGAUGUGGACACGCGAACAAUAUGAAGGCAUGAUCGCCGAACUUGACGCCGCGCGGGCCACCAUCGAAGACCGAGACGCGCAGCUUGCCAGUGCAAACCAAGAAAAAGAAAAUCUGCGUGCGGAGCUGAAUCACUACCAGGAACGUUAUAGUGCCUUUGUCGAGGAGAACCGAGCCACCGUGAAGGAACGUGAUCUCCGGUUAGCCAACCAAGAGCUCCAUAAUGCGCAACUGGUCCAAGAGUGCACGCAGCACAAGUCGCGAAUCGUGAACCUUGUGAAGGAGGCCGAAGCACGUGUGCAGGUCCUUGCCGAUAUGGAGAAGCACAACACCGAAUUAGAACAACAACUCAGCAAGGUUAAGCACAUCCUCCUCUCAGAAGAUCGCACGCAAGCGACUUUGUUGGGUUUAUACCCAGGCAAUGCGCUGGUCGAGGCCCACACGCAGCUUGUGCACGUCAUGCGGGAGGAGUGUGAAGGGCUUGAGGCUCGCAUGCGGGAUCUCCUCUCGCAGUUCGGCCAGACCAAAGCGGAACUCCUGAAGAAGGACACGGAGCUGCGCCAAGCGGUGCAGAAGUGUCAGGAAACGGAAAAUCGGCUCGAAGAGGCCCUAUACUUCAUCGCUCAGAAGGGGCUUGGGAUGCCGCACCACCUCGAAGGGGGAAGGGAGGACCUAUCCGCGCUGGACGACACGACUGCCGAUAAAAAGAGCGAGGAGGACGAGGAUGCAACGCCGUGGAUCACCUCCAAAAAGAAAAUACAGGAACUUCAAGCGUGUGUUGAGGUCCAAGAGCGCGAAAUAGAGCGGCUUCAAGGAAGUGAAGCGGCGUGGAAGCUCCGUGAGGAAGCGCUUCGAAUGCAGCUUGACGCCAUGAGCCGCGAUCCGAUGAGUGAGAUCGUCCGCCGGUAUGGUCUGAAGGCUGUUAAGGAUUUCGAGGCAAUGAUUGAAGAGAUGCAAGGGCGUGUGGUAGAGUUGCAGACGCAGGUUGACGUGCACACCGCCAAAGUGGUGGAAUUAGAGGCGACCUUGCGGCAGGCGGAAGACGGGCGCACAACCGCCGAGCUCCGCGUCGGGGAAUUGCAAAAGCGCAUUGAGGCGAUCACAGCGGAACGCGACGUGAUCCAGCGCGAGCGCCAGGAGCUGAAAGCCGCCCUGGAAACGCAAAAAAUGCGGUUGGAAGCGCAGGAUACCACGUUGUCGCAGCUCCGCACUGAGCUGUCAGAGCUGGAGUGCCGCAAUCGCAGCACGGAGGAGGAGCUCGAGCAAUGCGUAGCCGUGCGGGAUAAGUUUCACGGCGAUAAUUGCGCCCUCGUCGAGAAGGUUGACGAGCUUGUGCACGCGCUAGCGCAGGCGGAGGCUGAAAAGCGAGCCGCGAACGCCGCUGCGGCGCAAAGUGCCCGAGCUUCGAGAUUUAAUGGUCAGGGUAGAUCGCAUUAUCAUCCCCGAAUUGGGGCGGUUCAUACACUCCGGAUGCGCGCACACGAUUCAUUAGAAGCAGAUCCCAACAAAGGGAACUAG